AGGGCAGAGCUUUAGGUCUCCAUGGAGACAGCUUCUCCUGGCAACCUGGCGGGCGUUGAUCAGAGCCGUGGGCGCAAUGGACGCGGAGAGCCUCCUGCUGUCGCUGGAGCUGGCGUCCGGCAGCGGGCAGGGCCUCAGCCCCGACCGUCGGGCCUCGCUGCUCACCUCCCUUACGCUGGUGAAGCGCGACUACCGCUACGAUCGGGUCCUCUUCUGGGGCCGCAUCCUCGGCCUCGUCGCCGAUUACUACAUCGCGCAGGGCCUGAGUGAGGACCAGCUCGCACCACGCAAGACUCUCUACAGCCUGAACUGCAUGGAGUGGAGCCUCUUGCCCCCGGCCACGGAGGAUAUGGUGCUGCAGACGUCUGUGGUGAAGGGCCGCUUCAUGGGGGACCCCUCGCAUGAAUAUGAACACACUGAGCUGCAGAAGAUGAGUGAGGGUGAAAAGGUCUUUGAAGAAGAAGUAGUGGUCCAGAUCAAGGAAGAGACCCGCUUGGUGUCUGUCAUUGACCAGAUUGACAAGGCUGUGGCAGUCAUCCCCCGAGGAGCCCUUUUUAAGACCCCUUUUGGACCUAUCCACGUCAAUCGGACCUUUGAAGGACUGUCCUUAUCUGAAGCCAAGAAGCUUAGUUCCUACUUCCACUUCAGGGAGCCUGUUGAGCUGAAGAACAAGACGUUGCUUGAGAAGGCUGACCUGGACCCCUCCCUGGACUUCAUGGACUCCUUAGAGCAUGACAUCCCCAAAGGGUCCUGGAGCAUCCAGAUGGAGAGGGGCAACGCCCUGGUGGUGCUGCGCAGCUUACUCUGGCCAGGCCUCACCUUCUUCCAUGCUCCCCGCACCAAGAGCUGUGGCUCGAUCUACGUGGGCACCGGCGAGAAGAACAUAGACCUCCCCUUUAUGCUGUAGCAGGGGCCGGCCAGGGGGAGUGUAUUAGAGUCUAAAUGUUACUUUCAUAAAUGGCUGUGAAUUUGG